AUGACUUUCGAAUAUCAAGCUGGCUUGAAGAAAUUGCCUAUCCCCGAUUUGCAACAGACUUGUACCCAGUACCUAGAAGUUCUUAAGCCAUUGCAGACUGAAGAUGAGCACAAGAACACCAUCGAAGCUGUAGAUCGGUUCAUCAAAGGAGCUGGUCCAGUGCUAAAUGAGCAACUGAAGGAGUACAGCAAAUCUCGUAACUCUUAUAUCGAGCAGUUCUGGUACGAUGCUUACCUUAACUACGAUUCUCCCGUGGUUCUGAACUUGAACCCAUUUAUUCUACUGGAAGACGAUCCAACUCCUCUGCAAACGGACCAAUUAACCCGUGCUGCUGCUUUAACAACCUCCUCGUUGCGUUUUGUUCGUGCUUUGAGAAAGAAUGAGCUCAGUGUGGAUAAGUUGAAGAAUGGCAAAGCUUUAUGCAUGGAUCAGUACCCUAAGCUUUUUGGAUCGUCGAGAAUCCCCUCGUCCACUGGUUGUGUGUUGCAGACUGACGCUAGAUCGCAUCAUAUUGUGGUUAUAUCCCGUUCUCAAUUCUAUUGGUUUGAUGUUUUGGAUCAAAAAAAUGAUCUGAUUAUGACUGAAAACGACAUAAAGCUCAAUUUCACAAGUAUUGUUAAUGAUGCUGAGCAUGCUCCAUUGGAGGACAUUGCCAAAUCCAGUUUUGGGGUCUUGACGACCGAGAACAGAAGGAUUUGGUUCAAGUUGAGGCAGAACCUAGAGGCCGACGACAACAACAAGGAGAUCCUGAAUAUAAUAGACAAUGCUCUGUUCGUAGUCUGUUUGGACCAUGAGGAGAUCAAUGACCUGAAGGAUUUGGCUAAAAACUAUUUGUGCGGUACCUCAGUCUUGCAAAAUGGUAUUCAAGUUGGUACUUGUACUAACAGAUGGUACGACAAAUUACAAAUUAUCAUCACCAAAAAUGCCAAAGCUGGUAUUAAUUUUGAGCACACGGGGGUGGAUGGCCAUACUGUGUUAAGAUUUGCUUCUGACAUCUAUACAGACUCGAUCUUACGGUUUGCAAAAACAAUCAACAACAACUCUCCAUCCCUAUGGACUUCUGUUUCUCCUGACCCUUCUACUCGGGAUCCAGCAUCAUUUGGGAACGUUGUUACUACUCCUCGGAAGCUGGAAUGGAGGCUAAAUAAUGAUUUAUCGUUGAGUUUGCGAUUUGGAGAAACGAGACUUUCUGAUUUGAUUGCACAAAACGAGUUUGCUGCCUUGGAGUUCAAGACAUACGGUAUGGAAAGAAUCAAGAAGAUGGGUUUCUCUCCCGAUGCAUUUGUUCAAAUGAGCUUCCAAGCUGCUUACUAUGCGUUAUAUGGUAAGGUGGAAUGUACGUAUGAACCUGCUAUGACCAAAAUGUUCUUCCAUGGAAGAACCGAAGCAAUAAGAACAGUUUCGCUUGAGUCGAACAAGUUUGUUACUACCUUCUUUGAUUCCUCGUUCACAGCAAAAGAAAAGGUCCAAAAUUUAAAGGAUGCAUGCCAGAGACAUUCAGGUAGAACCAGACUUUGCUCCACUGGGCAAGGAGUUGAUAGACAUCUUUACGCACUAUUCUGUAUUUGGAAGAGAUACUUUUCAGAGCUCAACUCUACUGGAAGUAAUGAACCAAGUGCUGAAACCACUGACAACGAAGAAGAGGCCUCAGACACUUCUACUCUGAACUUUCAGAAUCUUUCUUUAGGCAACUCCAAUAUUUCAUCGAUUGAUGAAGUUAAAGAGAUUCCUUCCAUAUUUGCAGAUUCAGGCUGGGAUAAACUGAAUAACACCAUCCUUUCUACUUCGAACUGUGGGAACCCUUCUCUGAAACUUUUUGGAUUUGGUCCAGUCUCACCUAAUGGAUUUGGAUUAGGUUACAUCAUUAAGGAGAACUCAAUUUCCAUCUGUGCUUCCUCGAAACAUCGUCAGACUGAUAGAUUUUUGGACACCUUGAAUGGUUACCUAACGGAAUUUGAAAAGAUUUAUGCCGAGUCUUUAAGACCUGAGGUUGAUCUUGAGACUGAAGAUACUGCUGCUGAAAUCGACCAGGUUGAUCAUGAAAUUCAAGCAUUCACUCCUGAUAAAUACAGAGGAAGGUCGUUGGACAGAAAGACAGCCAACGAACUGUCCAACUUACUAGGCGGAUAUGAUUUCCACCAGUUAGGGCCCAAUGACGACAUGCUUAAAUCCCGUGGUAACUCUCCUGAGCCUCCAUUUUCUAGAAACACUGCAGGCUUCUCUUCUAGGGAGAUUGGUAAGAAAUUACGUCUGUCCGAGUACUAG